GUUUCACCUGGAGCGUCGACCAGGAUGUGUUUACAUCAUUCUCACUCCCGAUAAAGGGCUAUUUCGCGUCAUUUAUUUCCGGGACAAGGGAUACCAAUGGGAAUAAAAAUGAGUUGGCAGACACGUGACUAUGGACGAAAGCUGUGAUGAAAAACAGCAACGGAAAGAUGUGUCGAUACUCGAGUACCUGAACGAAUGUAGGGUCGUUAAUCGCCUAAGCUGUUCUUUGGUGUCAACGUUAGGAAUGUGUUUGAAAAAUUUGGAGGCUCCGGAGACUGAACUGGGGCUGGUGGUAGAGAACGUUCAUGUGGUGACAACGAUGUUCAUUCAGAUCGGGUCUUCGGCGGUUCCACACUCGAGCAACUGUACUUUAAUCGAGUACAAAGUCAGCUACUGGCGUGGCAAAGCGUCCAAGCACCGCCUCAUCCUCCUCUAUCUCAUCCAUCAAGUCGUCACUACUGGUCUAGCCACUGUCUAUCAACAAUUGCUUCCGCCAAUAAUCAAGUUAGCUGCCUUGUUCAACCAGUUGUUGGCCGUCUCACUUCAAUCGGAAUUUCGGGACAUAACUGUGGUUAAGAACACGUGUCCAAAUAUUUUGCAACCACUGAAAAAAUUCAGCGUCACGAAAAUUCUUCAGAUUGUUGCUCAACAGAGAGCUGCGUGUUGUAGCGAACAACUAAUUGAGAUUCUACUCAACUUGUACCGAGAAAAUGGAUUGAAACCAGCCACGAACACCGUGACAUUCGAGAAUCUACCAAGUUCUGACGACUCCAGCAUGGACGUGUACAGAGAACUUACACAGUACAUCUCACCAGUUCAUCCAAGUAGCACUGCCAAAGAUUUUUCCGUCCUAAAAUCUGUGUUCAAUUCUGAGCUUCAGAAGUUAACGCCACUGUUGUUCAAUAUUGCGGCCUCCGCACCAUACCUCAUCAAUCCUCAGCAGGUUAAAACGUCGAAAAAAUUUGGCUGUUUGACGCUGAUAAAACCUGUCAGAGAGAAGAUGUUAAAUUUCUAUUCGCAACAGCUUUGGAGUGAGGUGGGAUCUUACGCUGAACAUGUUUUACUCUGGUGGAGACAGAACUGUAUAGGCAUUGAAUCCACAGAAGACACCCAACAAUUCCGCCUUUGGCUCGGACGUUUAUUAUCCAACGUGAAGACUCUUCCUGAUCAAUUGAGGCCCACCCUCCAAAGCUUGAGCGAUUCUUUGUGCUGCCACAUCACUGCGACAUCCUGGGAACAUUUAUUCCGAAAAUCUCUCGUUGCGGCCGGACAUCAACACAGUCGUCACGUCACCGAUGAUAUCGCCCUGGGCACGAAAACAGGGCAGUUGUUUGACAACGUUUUCCAAGAUUUGGUUCAGCUGAGCAAUUCCUGCGAAGGCUCCAAUUGGACACUGAAUGACUUAGAAGAAUUGCCAUUGGUUGAGCAAAUUCCUAUUCUGCAUCGGCUGGACCAUUCCGUGCACACCGUUCGUAUGUGGGCCAUGACCAGAACUCGAAUACUCGCCAAUUUUUGGAACGUCGACCAGUUCUUUCGAGUUACUCAAACUGACAUCCAAUCUUGUCUCACUGCCCUAAGCCAACUGAAGCUAGCGAACCAAUCAGACCUAUUGGGUCCUGGUAGCAGCGUCCAUGUCACAGUGUGCGCUAGGAUGAGGAUGAAGCUUGCAUCAGAAGUUCGUGCCAAUGUCGAAAAAUUACAAAGUCUUCCCAGUGAGUGCAUCACUGCUCUGUCAAAAGUGUGUCGGACGAUCAGUUUAGCUAAUUUGCGUCUGUGUUUUCCCACCCACGAAUACUGGAGACAGCAACUGGAUGAAAUUCCUCAAUAUGCGUCUGGCUACGUCGAAGAAUAUCUUGAUCGAGUUUUGAGGCCAGUCCUGAUAGCAUCGGGUCUAUUGUCAGAGAUGCUACAGAAGUCGGUGUCUGGUCUUGUUCUAUGCAUCAUGUGCGAGGCAUGGCUGGAUCACAUUUACGCCAACAAGAUUAAAUUUAGUGAAUGGGGCGCUUUGCAGCUGCUGACAGACUUUGGGGCCGUUCCAACGUGGUUCAGCGAACGAAUCACUCUCUCGAAAGAAGUGCGAAAACACCUUUUAGCAAAUGAAGUCCUGCGACGGUGUGAGGGGGUUGGUCGCUUGCUUUUACGGCGGCGGGGAGAACACAUCGCAAUGUCCAAACCACCAACGAGGAGAAGGAAAACACAAGAGGAAGAAGAAGAGGACGACGAAGACACGAAGGCAGUUCAGUCGCCGUCGGACAUGAUGCCUGCCGAGAUGUACGUGCCGAAUCAAGAACAGUGGCUGGAGCUUCGCGCGCCACGUCCCUUCAACCCUCUCACCUUCUGCUGCGGCCCCUUGGCACCCAUAAUUUUCCACACCAAUCUCUAAGAAGAAAUAGUUAAAGGGCUGUAUUUAUAAUUAUUGUUCCUUAAUCGAAAACAUCCUCGGAGACAGAGGCGAUUCAAGCAAGUUGGCAACAGGGGUGCAAAAAUGUCCGCACCAUGGGACCGGCCGGUCCUGGCCUGAUCCCGUGAAAUGGGGGAACCUAUGUGAGGACGAGAAAAAUGGAGGGACCCUGUGAAAAGGGGGAGUUCUUUUUUUUGGAAUGUGGGGAACAAGACAUUCAAGCGCCCUGUUUUGAGGGGGCAAAACUGUCGACAGCGUUACUUUAUGUGUAAUCCUACGAAAACUUGAAAUGAGGAAGCCUAUACUUAUUUUGGGGGAACCCUUGGAAGUUUCUGCGCCCCUGGUUGGCAACACUAUUAAUAAUUCGUCUAAAUUCAUUGAAUAUAUCGAUUCUAGGUGAGACAGGCUGCCUCGCCUAGAAUCGACAGUUUAACAUAGAAUCAAAUGGAAAAAACAAUAUUCAACCUGCAAGAGUCGUCACUGCCCGGAGCGACUGAUUUGGUUUACCUACAUUAACCAUGAAAUAUCCAUGGCCAAAAUGCCGACCCAUCUCUGUUUGCGACGUUGUGGACAUCCUUUCAUACUUUAUUUUUUCUUUGGGAAACUAGACUAUGUAUUCUUGAAAACCUUCUUAAUUUCUCUCCUUUGUUGACAAAA